ACGUCAUUCCAUGAUGGCUGAAGAUCCUGGCGGAACAUUUUUCAAUUUCUCUCUCAUUUUUCUUUCUUUCUGUCUACCUCUGCUUGCCAUAGAGACAUGGCAGGACUCACUGGCCCGUUAAGUUUCCACAGAUCAUUGGUGUCGACAUGCCCAAGAAAGGGAACCGAAAACGGCUGAAGUUUAGAGCCGGGGACGUUUGUUCGGAGUCAGGUCGGUUGCGUUUACAUUACCCAGCAAGCUCUCACUAACCCCGCCCACUACAGAGGCUUCUUCUUAAAGCCUGUCUUAUUUUAGUAUCGUCUUAUAUAAUUCAGUUAAAUCUCUCUUUUUUUAUCAUGAUAUGCUUAAAAAGGUAUUUGUUCCGAGUCACUUUGAAUUUUUAGCUGGCUUAAUGUAAGAUUUUCUAGGUGAACGUCAAGGCCAGUUUGGAAAUUGUGUUUAUUCUCAGACAUUAUCCUAAUAAAAACUACCAUAACCUUGUCCUUUCCCUUCAGUCACUGUUGCUGAUUAUGCUGAUGCUGACCCUGCCGUAGUGAAGUCAGGGAGGGUGAAAAAGGCUGUUGCAAAUGCUGUUGAAAAAGAAGGUACUGUGUAAACAAAGACAUGUCCCGUGUGGCCUUUGUACAGUUUAUCAAGAUGCUUAUAACCGGCUUUGUGUGUUUCAGUGAAACUGCUGUGUGGUCUGGAGGCCUCUCAGGGUGCUGUAGAGGAGGUCCUGUCGUCUGCAGCUAGUGUCACAGCAGACGCUUUGGACAGCAGUGAUGACCUAGACCCUGAAGAAGAUGGAGAAAAUGAAACUAAAGUGGCCCACAAGAAGAAAAACAAAAGGAGAAAGGGUACAUCAUAUGCAUUUUGUCGUUGUUUAUUCACAGAAUGACAUCUUAAGGGGUUAUUAAUGAAUUAAAAAUUAAUUUAGGGUAAAACACACCGUAAUACUGAGUUAGACACCCCGUCAAGAGAUGAAUGUUGCCGACCACUUGCUUCUCCAGUUAUACCAACUUUAGUAACGACCGCAGGAUAGCAAUACACCGCAGUCUCAGGGGCCAUACACAAACCUCGACCAAAACACCACUCUAUAGCCACAAAUAAUGCUCAGAACAGCACCUGACUUCAUCAACAGUACAUAUAGGGUCCCAGCCAUAGCACUAGCCACCAAACAUCUUUUUAGCUUUGCCUAAUUUCUUUGGCAAAGAGACUAAACACAACUCACAUACUCUCUUCCAGCAGCCACCUGUUUGUUGCAAGACCUUGACCAGUCCAUAUAUCUUCAACCAUCUUCAUAAAUAUUCUUCUUUGAGCUGCCCCCCCAGCCCCGCCUCAGUCGAUAAUGGAUAAUAGACUGGUCAAGGUCUCGCUACAAACAAGCAGCUGCUGGAAGAGAGUAGGUGAGUUGUGUUUAGUCUCUUUGCCAAAGAAAUUAGGCAAAGCUAAAAAGAUGUUUGGUGGCUAGUGCUAUGGCUGGGACCCUAUAUGUACUGUUGAUGAAGUUAGGUGCUUUUCUGAGCAAUAUUUGUGGCUAUAGAGUGGCGUUUUGGUUGAGGUUUGUUGAUGGCCCCUGAGACUCCUGUGUAUUGCUAUCAGGCGGUCAUUACUAAAGUUGGUAUAACUAGAGAAGCAAGUGGUCGGCAAUAGGCCUGCACGAUAUAUCGUUUGAACAUCGUCAUCGCGAUGUACGUGUGUGCGAUAGUCACAUCGCAGAGCCUGCGAUAUUGGAGGUGAAUGAACUCAUUUAAUUUCAAGGGUAACCGACUGAGAUACACUCCAUGUGACUCUGCAUGUGCUGUGCAGCGAUCCACCAAUCACCUUCGUCCUUAACUCAGUUGCCAAUCAGACUCACUUCUCAGUUGCCAAUCAGACUACCCUGCCAGCUGUCAAUCAAAAUCAGGGAGGAGGAAACCCACCCCUGCACAUGUUCUGCACAUGGAGGGAGACGUGUGUCCGCUGAGAAUUACUUUCGGAACUUUACUCAUGACUAUUAAGCCCAACAAAUAAGAACUGUAUGGGUUUUAAAUUGUACAUUUCCGUGGACCACUCUACUAUAAGCAGUGCGCGUUUUGCGAGGUGCAUGCAAUUCUCGGAGGACAUGCGUUUCUCGGCACAACACCGCUAACAACAACAACAACGAUCGCAAAAUGAACAACGAACAAGCGAAAACCACCGAAAAUGAAGAUAUUGUUGCCAAAAAGAAAAGGAAAGUCAGUUAUCUGGAAUUAUUUCGGUUCAAAGAAGGAUGAUGUCGACCAAAAUACGUGUUCUGUGUUCAUCCGUCGCCACAAUAACGUCCCAGCAUAAUAAAAGCUGAAAAUAUCUCUGAGACAGACAGAAGCCAUUCUACUAACAUUCAGAAAAAGAGGUAAGAUCAGAGCAGAUUAACUGUCCUCAAGAUUUCAGCAGUGCAGCAUAACAUUAAGUGCUAUUCAGGUCAUCUGUGGAAAUUCCUGUAUUUUUAAUAUCGCAAUAUAUAUCGCAGGGUUGAAAAAAAUCGCAAUAUUAUUUUUUUCCAAUAUCGUGCAGCCUUAGUCUGCAACAUUCAUCUCUCGAGGGGGUUUCUAACUUGGUGUUACAGUGUGUUUGACCCUAAAUUAGUUUUUAUGCCGAAAUAUCCCUUUAAACAAGAAGACAAAACACUUUCAACACUUAAAAGGGUGUUGACUAUGGUGUCUGCUUUUCAUCUGUGCAGAAAGCAUCGGAAGCAAUGAUGGACAGGAGUAUCCAGUGGAUAUUUGGUUAGUGCUCUCCUCCUACAUCCGCCCAGAGGAUGUUUGCAAAUUUGCUCUUAUCUGCAAGAAUGCUUGGACAGUCACAUGCACUGCAGCUUUUUGGACCAGGCUCUACAGAAGGUGAGGAGCUGUCAGUGUUGAAAAUAACAUGAACGCUGAGAAUCUAUUUUCUGUCUAAAAUUCUAUUUUUUGCUCAAUAUAAUAAAUGUACUGUUCUUAGGCCCAGAUGUUCAUGAAAGGCACUGUGAUGGGAUUUUGGAUAAAGCUUUAGUCAUGACAGUAUUAGUAUUACAAGUUCAGCAUCAAUGAAGCAAUACCUGAUUUGACUGACAGGUGGGCACAUAGUAAGUGUUGGUAAGGAGACCUAUCUCAACUUCAAGUUAGGCUGAGGUAAUAUUUCCAACAUGCUGCUGAUAGGCUUCAAAACUGCUUCAAAAUCAAAUGGAUAUCUCCUAAACUAAUUUAUGUUUUACACAGUCUAGACUUUGCUCAUGAGCUAGGGGAAGUGUAAAGCUAAAGCCCUGUUGCUUUGAUAACACACCGGAAAACAUGCUUGAGAUUAGUUUGUUUGAACAAUACAAACAUGCAAAGAUAAUAUCCCUGGCGUAAACUGGCACCUUAAGAUUAACAUGUUUUUUUCUUCCCCUUACCAAUCUUUUCUGUCUCACAGACACUACAAGAUUGAUGCCGACUUGCCUCUGCGUCUUCAGCCUGAUUCUUUUGACAAGAUGCACUGUCUACGGGCCCGUGUGAUCCGCUCCCUUUUCCAUUUGUACGAGCCAUUCGACUCGCGUGUUUCAAAAAUUCCUGCCUUGCCAGAAUCCACACCCACAGCCCUGCUCAACUCUAAGGUAAACAGGCUGAUCUGUAGUCAGUUAGUGUUGUAUCUGAUAGGGUUGCAUGUGACUUGUCACUUGAAGCUCUACCUGUUUUAUCCUUUGGCUCUUUUGGCACAAUAUAGAAGCUCAAGGUUAAAUGAGCCUAGAUAUAACCAGAAUUCUGCUAUGUAUUGGUCCUCAUGGCCAUCACCUUUGAAAAGUCAUGAUGCUCAGAGAGUUCCAGACUAAUUUGAAGACUUGUUAUGAUUAUUAAUGAUUAAUUUAGUGUGUGUUUGAAGUGAGAUCUUGGAGACUUGGCUCUCAUGUCAUAUAAUAGCACUCAACUGGUUGGAUGUAAAUGUGUUUUCUUAUUCGUUGAUUAUUUUAUGAGAGUCACUGAAAAAAAAAAAUCUACUAAUACAUUUCCCUUAAUCCUCAGUAGUCAAAAUUAAAAUUUUAUUUAUUCAAUUUUGUUUUUCAGUGUUUACUGUUCUGGGUUAGAAAGGUAACUGGAACACGGCCAGAAGCAUUGUGGGAGUUCAACUUUAAGUUUAGAAAGCAGGUAAAAAAGUACUUUAAUUCCCCAAUAUGACAACCUUUACAUUGUCAAUACUUGGUUUUCUCCAUAGAGGUUACAUUUGUCCGUUUCUGGGUUCACCUUCUUUUUAGCAGGUGCAUGGUAAGAAUGGAUGUGCCAAGUCUCUGCGGAUGCCCAGACAAUAUGAAGAUGUCCACACAAACCCGGACUCUGACUGCUAUGUACUUCAGGUCACCACCCUCAACUUCAUCUUUACUCCUGUUGUCAUGGGCAUGACUCUUACCCUGGUAAGUAUCUCUCUUCAGGCUCAUAUUGGUUACUGAUUUACAUGGUAGUCAUUUAAAUGUAGGGUUUUUUCCCGUGUGACCAUACCACAACUGUACAGAGGAUUUAAGUUGCAAUGAAUCAAAACACCACAAACAGCUACCUUUUCUUCCAUGAAUUGAGAAAGGAGGUGGCAGAAGGUAUGAAUGAAUGUUUAUAUCUGUAACUUUUAGCAAGAGGAACUCUGAUUAAUGAACAAGAUGGAAGAAACUAAAACUGAUCAUGUAGAGGAUGGGAACAGUCAGACAGGAUGGAUUUUGCUUUCUUGUACAGCUGUUUGUAAUAUAGAUCCUGUAAAGUUCCAUAAACAGAGCCAGUUAUUCAUCAUAUUAUAUAAUUUGAUUUAAUUUAUUUCCUUCAUGGAUGAGUUUUUCAGCAUCUUGCUGAGAUGAAAAUAGGUGUACUUUGGCAAUAUUUCCCAUUUACACACAUUUUUAAUGUUGCACCUCUUAUUAAACAUCUCUUUUUUUUAAUUUAGAUCCCUCACACACUUGAUGAAAUGGCUGUGGGACAGCCCCAAGCUCUUGCAGACUUAGCUCGAACUUGUGUCAAAGUCAGUGAGUGUGUUAGUGUGGCCAUUAAGACUAAAGGCCAAAACAUACAGGAUCCAUGUUGAGCACGUUCCAGUGGCAUAAUGUAUCACGCAGCAAAUAGGUUCCCAUUCUAAUCAAUGCAGCAUCACACACAGGGCACAUUGCAGCUCUUUCAUUCAUAAAAUUGAAUGAAAAAAAAAAAAUGGUGCCCCAAGCAAAUUUUUCUUAAUCCAAAAUAUUGUGUGUCUUCUCUGUUUUUCAACAGUUCACAAUAAAUGUUAGUACAGACAUGCGCCACCACCGUGUUCGCCUGGUGUUCCAGGACUCGCCACUUCAGCGAGGGAAGAAGAGGAGCGAUCAAGGUGGGACCCAGGUGGUACUAGAUCCUGUACAGAGUGUGAGGCUCAUGGACUGGUGGCACCCACAGUACCCCUCCUCACCCUACAUAUAGAAGUCGUGCCCCCUCGGUCCUUACCACAGCAGCUCGUCAUGCAAAGACCACCUGUUGUUUCAUCCCACUCAUCAGGACAAACCAAAAUUGCAUGGGCUGUGUUUAAACGCAAAGCUUUUGCAGAUUUUUUUUUUUGUGAUUGAUAUUUGUCAGGGUUAAAGAAAACCAACUUUGACUGGCCUGUUGGAAUCAAGUUUCAAAAUCAGAAUCAUCUGAACACCUUUACCGUACUUGUAGAGUUACUGAGAGCUCAUAUUUAUUUCAUUGACACUGACUCUGGAUGUGUACCAAGAUUAUCCAGUUUAAACUGUUUUGGCAGGAAGACUUGUGUGCACAGGAUCAAGUCUACUAUAUCAGACCACAUGGUGACAUUGGCUUGACCUUCAAUCCCUAAACACUCCUCAGCUUUGCUGGUCUGAGGUAGGGUAGGGUGAUAUAAAAAUGAAACAAAUUUGAGAUUGUUAAGUUCAGUCACCCACUGAUUUGUAUAUUGAUGAUAAACUGCAUCAGCUUGUUCAGUAAUGAUUUGGUCAGUAAACUUAUGCAAAUUCAGAAUCAUGUUGGCAAAAUCUCCCUUCAUGUGAUGUUUAUAAAUAUAGCAGGCAAAACUUCAAUGUUUUUGCAUAAAAACCGACUACUUUGAUACAGUAGCUGCCAAAAGAUGAAAAACAACAUAUCACUCAGCCCUGGGGAUGUGGAAAAGAGAAACAUGCACCCAUUGCUACCAGAUUCAUUAGAAUUUGUACGUCCACUUCAUGCUGACAGUAUUUACUCUUGUGGAUUUUAUUUUGAAAAAGUCGAACUGGAAUACCUUGGUUUUGCCUUGAUCAAAAGUUUGCGGCAGAAAAUCAUGAUACUUCUUUUCAAAUCAAUUUUAUCUUUAUGUAUUGAACUCAAGGCCGCCUCACUUUGUAUUAUGUAAACAUAAUGACACUGCACUUCAUUGAGGGGGCCAAAGAGAUGAUUUACCUCAGCCGUCAUCCACUCGACUGCUAAUUAGGGCAGGGUUACUUUCCUCUUGAGAGGUUUGUGGGCUAAAAUAAUUUUGUUUACUUGUUGAAAAUGUGAGCCAUUUCUCCCACUGCCCCAAUAUUAACUCCAAAUGGCACAGAGUUUCAGGGCAAUUUCAAAAGCAGUCAGUCUUUUGUGUGUUGAAUGUGAGUAGAAUUAUUCCAAUCACGUGCUUUAUUAUGAUGGGUUGAGAACUAUCAUUGACACAAACCUUUAUUCAUCUGCAGAGCACAGCAAAAACUGGUGUAUGGAGUUUCAUUCACUAUUAUGUGUUUUGUAAGUUGAAAACAGCUUCAUCUCAAACAGUGUUCAAAAUGAAAAAUAGUCGACCAUGUUUUCCCAUAACAGAGGACAGCUAGAUGUUCUGGUUUGCAGUAGAUAAAUGUCCCAUUAGACGAUGAUUGUUUGGAUGUAGAAAUUUUCUGCACUGAAAUAAAAAUGAAACUGCCCAUUCACAA